AUUGAAUUUCCGCCGAUUAUUUGUGACCGCGCGCUUUUUCUGAACAAUUUAGAGCAAUUGAAGGAAGGCAUUUUUCAUUAAUUCAGCGUUAAGAAUAAGUGUCACUUAAACACCUCAGUCGUUCGAAAGAAACAUGGCAAGCCAAAGUCAAGGUAUCCAACAACUUUUGGUUGCGGAAAAAAGGGCCGCUGAAAAAGUUUCGGAAGCUAGAAAACGUAAAGCCAGAAGAAUUAAACAAGCCAGAGAACAAGCUGCGAACGAAAUAGAAUUGUACAGAAAAGAACGUGAAAGACAGUUCAAGGAGUAUGAAGUCAAAUAUAUGGGUUCUAAAGAAGACGCCAUUGCUAAAAUCGAAAAAGGAACCGAGGCCCAUUUGAUAGAACUGGAAGAAAAUGUACAAAAGAAUAAAGAAGGGCUCAUUUUGGACUUCAUUGCUUUGGUUGUUGACGUGCAACCAGAGGUUCAUCGUAACUAUUUCAUUAUGAAAUCUUUCAACAAAAUCUGAUUUACAAGUAGGUAUUACUUAUAAAAAAAUACUGUUAUAUUUUACGAUUUAUAAAAAUGUUAUUAAAAUAAUUAAUAAUAAUUAAUAUAUUGUAAUUAAUUCAUUGGAUUUUACUAUGAUUAUAUUUUAUGAAAGUUAUUAUAAUAUUAUAGCUGUAAGAAAAGUUCAUAUUAUUGUUAAUAGAAAAUAUAAAAAAAUGAAUAAAAAUUGAUUCACUGA